AUGAACGGCACUAUGGCUAGCCUCAAUGCAGUCCAUCCCGAAGAACUGUCUCGUCGUAUUAGUGAGAUCGACCUGACCUCCGUUCGCCAUCGAGCGGAUACACAGACCGGGGACAGACCGCGUUACACUCCAGAAGAGCUACUCCAACUUAGGCCUGCUCACGAGCCUAACGGUGAUGACCAGCACACUAUUGCUGCAGGAGUAAAGACCCCAGCUGAUGUCCCUGCGCCCCCUCCACCUACUCCUAACCAUGGACCUGGCACUCCCGAAGAGAAGCUCACGGGUGCUAAACUGAAUGGUAAUAUUCCACAAGAGGAUCAGCCAAAGAAGAAGAAAAAGAAGAAGAGUAGCGGAAAGAAUAAAAAACCUGCACCAACUGGAUUUGAAGAAUUCUACGCUGACCCUCCGGUCACCCCUGAUGAAUACGAAGAAGAGAGCGAUCUAUAUGCCCCUACUCUUUCUCUUUCUGACCGUAUUCAAACUUGUAUCCAACGUUACAGAAAGCGACGUAGCUUGGACUCAGUUCGAUCAAAUAUCUUCACCAAGUAUUUAAUGCUUGGAGGUAUUGAGGCGAGUACCACCAAGCAGUUUACUGGACUUGACAAAGAGACGCUAGAGGAUUCUACUGCUCAGGAGAUUGCGGCAUUGCAGGCUACUGAUUUCAUCCGUUCUGGAAGUAAGAAUGUCAAAUACUUUGACCCAUCAGAACCUGAGCAUUGGGUUGUUGACUUCGAAGGUGUCGCAAAAGGCUUCCUCUCUUGGUCAGCGCCCAAACGCCUAGGUGCCGACACUGAACAAGAAAUCAACGCCUACUGUUCAGUUGUCAGAAACUUCCUCAACUAUAUCAUUACUCAUGCCGUCUGUCCAGAAUACACCAACGAUGUGUUGGCUGCUCGCAAGAUCUGUGAUUUGGCCGAGAAGGAGUUGUGGGAGAUCAAGCAGGUUCGCCAUAAAUUUCCAGGAGAGUUUAAUGUCGCGGCAUCUACACUCUAUGAUGGUCGAUACAGGGGUCUCAAUAUCGUAAAUCAGGCGUGGGCAGCUGACGAUCCGAAAUAUGACGACGAUGUAGCUCUCGACCGGGGACUCACUGAUUCAGAGGCUGAGCGAAUCUUCAAAACCGCCAUUGCCUUCGAAGGAAAUGAGGAUUUAUUUGUGAAGGCGAUGAAUGGCGACAUCCAUAUCGUCAAGACCGAGAACAGAUCCUUCGAAGUUGCGCAGAUUGACCGAGCUGAGAUGACCUCUGUCAAAGACUAUUCCAAAGUCAAAGACCACCUUGGUGUCUCUGGUUCCAUCAAACCUCUCGGAAGAAUCUAUUUCAAGCCUUGGGAUGGUCCUGGUCUGGACGAGGAAGACAAGACUGAUGAUGAAGAUGAGAACCCAGCCUCGGCUUUAAACCCCCUCAUUGAAACUUUCUGGCUUGAGGACCAUAUCUUGGAGCAUUGUUUCAUUGGCAUGAAGCUUGAGAUCGUUGUUCACGAGUUGAACAUCGGCGUCAGAUUCUUUGACGACAUUAGGGGCAUAUAUUGUUCUUUCCACACUGUUCUCCCCAAUGAGAAGGUGAUUGAUAAUUGGAAGGAGCCCGUUCCUAAUACGAGACCUCCGCCAACUGAAGACAAUCCCGAUGUUGAGGAGAAUGCUAUGGGAGCAGAGAUGAACCGAGAGCUGGAGGAAUGAGAAGCACGUUGAGGAAGGAAAGAAGACUGAAGUCUAGGUUUCCGAUUCCAAGCGUGUGAAAGUCUGAGGGGGG